AUGACGGGUGAUGGCAAGUUUUGUUUUCUUGUGCCCAAACUUCCAGUCCCAUCGGUGGCCCCAGCUAACGUCAGUGGAGGGAACGGCCGCAGGCAUGAACUGGUCACCUCCUGGGAGCCUGUGUCUGAGGAGUUCCAGAAUGGCGAGGGCUUUGGCUACAUCGUGGCAUUCCGAGCCAAUGGUACGCGAGGCUGGAAGGAAAAGAUGGUGACAUCAGCAGAUUCCACUACAUACAAGUACAGAGACGAGACCUUCCCUCCCCUCACCCCCUUCGAAGUGAAAGUGGGCGUGUACAACAACAAGGGAGAUGGACCCUUCAGUGGUGUGGUCACUGUGUACUCUGCAGAGGGGGCAUCGGACAACAGUGAAGGGGAGUUCCCGUGGUUCACAGUCACUCUAUACGACCUGGACAACGAGGUGAGGGGAGUUCCCUGGUUCAGUCACUCUAUAAGCGCACUGGACAACCAGGUGGGGGUUCCUCGGUUCAGUCCUCUUCUAAAGACCUGGCAACCCAG